AUGGAGAGGAGUCCUCAACGGUAUCAUCGUGGCGUCCGCGAUAUACUCCACUGGAUGACGAGGCAUGCGAAAUCCUGGAUGCGGUGCAAGAAUUUCGCACCGGCUGUCAAUCAGACAGACUCCGUAUUCAUCAACAUCAGCGAUCUUGCUUCGGAUGAAAUAUCCAGCGCUGAUGAAUCGGUAAUACUAACUAUCCCGUUUAGGCGACUGGCUGAUUUUCUCAGUCAGGCCGAACGCAUGCAACAAGUGAAAGAGCCCAAGGAAGGACAGCCGAGCAUCAAAUCUAGCCGACGGACAAGGAAACGCAGGCUUUCAUCUAGCUCGGCGGAGGAGCUAAGGUCUGGUGAUGAGGCCAAAUUCCUUGAGCAGGAAAGGCGAAUUGCAGAUCGGGCCGCAGCGGAAGACGGAGACUUCAUGGCAACGGGUGCAAAACGGAGGGGAUGA